CUACUCUCACUCGCUACUACUAUCUUCCCCCCGCCAUCACAUUCGCAACUCGGAACCGAGUGCACUCAGUGACUCUGACUCGGUCUCACAGCAAUGGCGGUUUCUCAAUUCUCUUGUAGUGGAGCAAUGGAGUCCUCGUUGCACUACAAAUCGCAGUCGAAACUGAUCGAUUUCGGCUCCAGGAGGAGCUUCAGUUCGCGGUUGUUGCUGGCGAGGACGUUGAAUUUGAAUCCGAGGACUCAUCGGAGCCGCCACCGGAGGUCGGUUCUCGUCACCAACGUCAUAAAGGAUCCGGACGUCGCACAAGAAAAUACAGGCAGCUCAUUCACACCUGAUGCUGUAUCCGUCGCUUCAAGUAUCAAAUACCAUGCUGAGUUUACGCCGUCGUUUUCUCCGGAGAAAUUUGAGCUUCCAAAGGCCUACUUUGCAACUGCGCAAAGUGUCCGUGAUGCGCUUAUUGUUAACUGGAAUGCAACGAAUGAAUGUUAUGAAAAGUUGCAUGUAAAGCAGGCAUAUUAUUUGUCAAUGGAAUUUCUACAGGGUAGAGCGCUGUUAAAUGCAGUUGGUAAUUUGGAGCUAGCAGGCGCAUAUGCAGAGGCUUUAAGCAAGCUUGGACACAAAUUAGAAACUGUGGCUCACCAGGAGCCAGAUGCUGCCCUCGGGAAUGGGGGUCUUGGUCGGCUUGCCUCAUGCUUCUUGGAUUCUUUGGCAACUUUGAACUACCCAGCAUGGGGUUAUGGACUUAGGUACAAGUAUGGGUUAUUUAAACAGCGAAUUACCAAAGAAGGUCAAGAAGAAGUAGCUGAGGAUUGGCUUGAGCUGGGAAAUCCCUGGGAGAUUGUGAGGAAUGAUGUUUCUUAUCAUGUAAAAUUCUACGGCAAUGUUGCUACUGGAUCAGACGGAAAACGGCAUUGGAUUGGAGGAGAAGAUAUAGAGGCUGUUGCUUAUGAUGUUCCAAUACCAGGAUACAAAACUAAAACGACUAUCAACCUGCGGCUUUGGUCAACCAAAGCUCCGUCAGAGGAUUUUGAUUUAUAUUCUUUUAAUUCUGGGGAGCACACAAAAGCAUGUGAAGCUUUAGCAAAUGCCGAAAAGAUUUGCUAUGUACUUUAUCCUGGCGAUGACUCACUGGAGGGAAAGACACUUCGUCUGAAGCAACAAUAUACUUUAUGUUCAGCUUCUCUCCAAGAUAUUGUUGCAAGUUUUGAGAGAAGAUGCGGAACAAACGUAAACUGGGAAGAGUUCCCCGAGAAGGUUGCAGUGCAGAUGAAUGACACUCAUCCAACUCUCUGCAUUCCUGAGCUGAUUAGGAUUUUAAUGGAUUUGAAGGCUUUGACAUGGAAGGAGGCCUGGAAUAUUACUCAAAGAACGGUUGCAUAUACAAACCAUACUGUUCUACCUGAGGCAUUGGAGAAAUGGAGUUUGGAACUUAUGCAGAAACUGCUUCCUCGACAUGUGGAGAUCAUAGAGCUGAUAGAUGAGGAGCUCAUUAACACCAUAGUCUCGGAGUAUGGUACAGCAGAUUGUGAUUUAUUAGAAAAGAAACUGAAGGAGAUGAGAAUCUUAGAAAAUGUUGAUUUGCCUGCCACAUAUGCAAAGUUAUUUGUUAAACCCAAAGAAAGCUCCGUUGUUCUUCCCACUGAAAAACUUGAAGACUCAAAAAAGGAUGUUGGGGCCGUUGAUGAAGAAAUUGCGCAAAAACUUGAAGACUCAAAAAAGGAUGUUGGGGCCGUUGAUGAAGAAAUUGCGCAAAAACUUGAAGACUCAAAAAAGGAUGUCGGGACCGUUGAUGAAGAAAUUGCGCAAAAACUUGAAGACUCAAACAAGGAUGUCGGGGCCGUUGAUGAAGAAAUUACGCAAAAACUUGAAGACUCAAACAAGGAUGUCGGGGCCGUUGAUGAAGAAAUUGCGCCUAAGAAGAAACCCAUAGAGGAAGAGAAAAAGGCACCGCCAAAACCACCUAAGCUAGUUCGUAUGGCAAACCUCUGUGUUGCAGGUGGUCAUGCAGUAAAUGGUGUUGCUGAGAUACACAGUGAAAUAGUAAAGGACGAAGUAUUCAAUUCAUUUUAUAAAUUGUGGCCUAAGAAGUUUCAAAACAAGACCAAUGGGGUGACACCAAGAAGAUGGAUCCGCUUCUGCAAUCCAGAUUUGAGUAAUAUUCUAACCAAAUGGAUUGGCACAGAAGACUGGGUCUUAAAUACUGAAAAACUGGCCGAAUUACGACAGUUUGCGGAUGAUAAGGAUCUCCAAACUCAAUGGAGGCAAGCAAAAAGGAGCAACAAGUUAAAAGUUGUAUCAUUCAUCAAAGAAAAAACAGGAUUUUCUGUCAGCCCUGAUGCAAUGUUUGAUAUCCAGGUGAAGCGCAUUCAUGAAUACAAGAGACAACUUAUGAAUAUUUUGGGAAUUGUUUACCGGUACAAGAAAAUGAAAGAAAUGAGUGCUUCACAAAGGAAAGCAAAGUUUGUUCCACGUGUUUGUAUGUUCGGAGGAAAAGCAUUUGCAACGUAUGUACAAGCCAAGAGAAUUGUGAAGUUGAUCACAGAUGUAGCGGAGACUGUAAAUCAUGAUCCUAGUAUAGGUGAUCUACUAAAGGUUAUCUUUGUACCUGAUUAUAAUGUCAGUGUUGCUGAAUUAUUAAUUCCUGCGAGUGAGCUCUCACAGCACAUCAGUACUGCCGGGAUGGAGGCCAGUGGCACCAGCAAUAUGAAGUUUGCAAUGAAUGGCUGCAUCCUAAUUGGGACUCUGGAUGGAGCCAAUGUUGAAAUAAGAGAAGAGGUUGGAGCAGAUAACUUUUUCCUCUUUGGUGCUGAAGCUCAUGAGAUUGCUGGGCUGAGAAAAGAACGAGCUGAGGGGAAGUUUGUUCCAGACCCCCGUUUUGAAGAAGUCAAGGAAUUUGUCAGAAGUGGUGUUUUUGGGUCGUACAAUUAUGAUGACCUGAUCGGAUCCUUGGAAGGAAAUGAAGGAUUUGGCUGUGCUGAUUACUUCCUUGUUGGCAAAGACUUCCCGAGUUAUAUAGAAUGCCAAGAGAAGGUUGAUCAGGCGUAUCGGGACCAAAAGAAAUGGACAAAAAUGUCAAUCCUGAACACAGCAGGCUCAUCCAAGUUUAGCAGUGACAGAACCAUCCACGAAUAUGCUGAAGACAUAUGGAACAUUAACCCUGUCGAAUUACAGUAGAGGUAGAUUUUGUGAGCGAAGAUGGUCUUACCUGAUGGUUGUGAACUUUUUUGAUGACCCUUCCCAUUUUCGGUUGCUACUCUACUUCCUCUCUCAUGUAAAGGUAAAUAAUGCCGGAAUAAAGAGUAGCUUUUGGUUGUUCCAC